UUGAAAAUAAAUAAUUAAAUUCAAUUUAAUUUUAAAAAGAAGAAAGAAAAAAAGGGUACCUCCUGAGGCUCUCCGCUCUGGGUAACUCCAUUGUCAUCCUUCUUCAUUCGUGGAUCCGCUCGCCCAGUGCUUCUUCGGCAUCGCAUUCUUCCGCACGCCAAGUAAUUACUGAAGCUUGAGAGAGGUUCGGCUAGAUCAGUGACAUGGGCACCACCUGUUUGAUGAAAUGCCACCAAGAACUUGACCUCUGAUUGGCAACGGUCAAAUCACCAUUCAUCAAGAAAUUUGAGCCCACGGGUUAGAUAAGGUCCUAACAGUGUGAGAAAUGGCGAAAGGUAUGAUAUGGGCAACAGCAGAGGAUUUAGCGAGGAACAGAGGGCGCGUUCUAUCACUUUAUCGCCAAAUAUUGAGGAGCCUCAACUCCCCAAUGUUGCCUCUCAGCUUCGCAGCAAGGUUAGCAAAGAAGGCAGAAGUUCGUGGCAUUUUCUUGCUUGCUUCUGAAGAACGAUCUCUUCACAAUAUUGAAGACCUCAUUGAUACUGCUGAGUACUCUCUCUCCCUUUUAAGAAAGGGAGAAAUUCCCAAAUAUAUUCAAUGAGUAACUCUUUCUUCUUCUGUUUUGUCAAUUUCUUUAUUUUUGCAAAGGCUCUUUUGUCUAUUUCACUAGUGAGUUUCUGAGUGAUUCAUACUUGUGCUUGCUCUUGGGCCACAUUUCUACAAUUUAGCUAUUGGGUUCUGUUAUAAUAUAUGUUUGGCCCUUUUUACUUUCAAAUGUUUUGUUUUAGUCAUCAAACUUUCAUAAAUAGCUGUUUA